CAGUCAAAAGAGAAAACAGACGGCGUGUAGUGAAAAUAAAGAAUACACAGUCCUACGAGACAAAACGAAAUAAAUUGAAAUAAUUCAUUCACUCUAACAUUUAUUUUGUAAUAACUUGUACCUGCCGAGCGAUAAACUCUUGAGAUAACUAUUUUAUCAGUUUAAUUAAUUCAUAGUAUUUAUAAAUACCUCUCAAUAUGUCAGAGAAAUUCGACGGAGCCAAGGGUAGUGAUGAAAGUGGAGACGAAGAGUCGGCACUCAAGUUGAGACUGCCCCCAAUAGAAAUAAAUCCAAAUGAUAAUCAAUUACAGUACAGUUACGCUCUGUGGUACAGUAGACGAUCAGUUGGAAAACAGAGUGAUAGGCGUUACGCAGAAAAUUUAAAGUUAAUCGGUAGGUUCGGUAGUGUUGAGCAGUUCUGGGGCCUUUACAGUCACCUGGUGAGACCUUCUGAGCUUCUGGCUUCAUCUGACUUUCAUCUAUUCAAAAAUGGAAUCAAACCCAUGUGGGAGGAUUCAGCCAAUAAACAGGGUGGAAAAUGGGCAGUAACAUUAAGAAAAGGACUGGUUGAUCGGUGCUGGGAGAACCUGGUACUUGCCAUGUUAGGGGAACAAUUUAUGGUGGGCGAGGAGAUUUGUGGAGCUGUUGUAUCUAUAAGAUUUCAGGAGGACAAAAUAUGUGUAUGGAAUAAAACAUCAUCAGACGUGGCGACGACAGCCAGGAUCAGAGACACUCUCCGGCGUGUUUUACACCUACCUGCUGACGUCCUGAUGGACUACAAACCUCACAAUGAACGUCUUAAAUAUGCCAUCAUCAAGAGUCAGAGUGAAGGGGUUGUAAAACCCACUUACUAAUUGCAAAAAGCCAAAACAAGAGCGAUUUGAUUCGACCAAUCCAAAAUUUCAAAACGAAACCACGACUAUUCGUCGAUUGUCCAUCACAGGAACAUUGAAAACAACAGAAAAGUAUUGUUAUUAAUUUGUAAAGCCAUUAUAAAUUGUCAUAAAAAUUGCAGAUGCA